AUGCAGCUUACCAACCGCCCUUUAACUCUUCGACUUCAGCAAUUAGAGAAUGACCAGAUUCCGACCAAUAUUGAGAGAGGUUCGACGUACUCAGUGACGGAUGGGUAUUAUCUCGAUCUUCUAUCUUGCCAUGACAGUCGCAUUCGACAUCAACCAAACUCCUUGAACGAUGAGGAGGAUGGCCGUGCCCAGAUGGCCAAUUUGACUAUUAUGCGGACGCUGCUUUCACAUUUCACGAAUCGAGAAUUCCGUCAUGGUCCUUUUGUUUUCCGACUUACAGACCUUCAUCAGAGUAACAUCUUCGUGGACAAUGAUUGGAAUAUCAAAUGCCUAAUUGACCUUGAGUGGGCAUGCUCGCUGCCUGUGGAGACCUUGCGUCCUCCGUACUGGCUGACUGGAUGUUCCGCAGAUGAUCUUGUUGGCCGGCGCCUAGAUAAAUUCAGCAAGGCGCAUCACGAGUUCAUGGAGAUCUUUGAGGAAGAGGAGAAGUCGUUUCCCCCGAUAAAUGGUGCUGCUUCGUACCGGACAAACAUUAUAAAGAGCGGUUGGAAGAUUGGGAACUUUUGGUAUUUCCAGGCCUUAGAUAGUCCAAAAGGACUAUAUAAUAUCUUCCGCGAUCACAUCCAGCCUCUAUUUGCGCCUUCUCAUAAUGUUGAUCCAGAUUCCCCACGCAUCGUAUCGGAAUACUGGGCCGUAGAUGGAAAAGAAGUAAUAAGCACAAAGCUCCGAGAUAAGGAGAUGUAUGAGAAAGUAUUACGCCAGAAUUUCGAAGAUGCUUCCAGGAAUACUUCAAAACAUGUUUUUGAGCAGUGA